AUGCCCAACCUAUUUCAACCAAUCACUGAAUAUCUCGCAAGAACGAGGAAGAGAAAGAAGAGCAAGAAGAAGAUAGCAGGCAAAACCCGCCUACUUAUGGAAGGAGCUGCAUUGUUUAGGCAACUUGAUGACUUGCCGGUACGACGAAGCGAUAGACCGGCACAAAUUGCACCAGCGGUUGAAGCAUUCCUCGACAAUGUGAAGCAAUAUAUCCGCGAGCCAGACAAAUGGCUGACGGCGCUACCUGUCUCCACCGCAUCGAUUGUGAUGAGCCUAUCGCAUGUACUACAAGGGCCAGACGAGAUGGCACAGAUAGGCAUUCAAAUCCGUGGAGAAUUACAGGCGCAUAAUGGCUUAGAGGCUCCUCGAAGAUUCUCCAAGACUGUCAUGUAUUAUCUAGAGUCAAAGGCAGCGACAGACUACGGCGACUCUCUUACACACCUCUACUUCCUCUAUCAUCCAGAUACUGAUUGGCAUCCUUGGUUUUGGAAGAGACUCGCACGUCGUCGCUUUCCUGCCAAUGUCCUAGCAAUGUCAGAACAUCUCGAAGCUCUCUGCCUAUUCAUGCUUGCGGUUCGCCGAACGCUCCGAAGACCCCAAAGGGAUGCGCGAUUCCAUCUACUCAUCCCUUCCUAUCGGCCGAUGGCAAUCCACCAGCCUUACAAUUUCUCGGAAGAGCUUUAUCCAUUGUCCAUUCAUGGAAUGAUACACGAUACUCAGAGAUUUGUUUGGCUAAAUUUACCUGACAUUGUGGGAGAGGAACACAAUGACAUCGAGUUGAGGGGGAUCGGGAAUAUCGCAUCGUUACCACGGCCACCUGGCAUUAUUCGACAAGCCUUGAAUUACGUUGCGGGCAAAUUUUCAUCGCCACCGGAGCCAGAAACUAUCGUGCUUGGCCAAGAUCCAGACAGUGAGAGCUCGGAUGGGAGCACUGCGGCCCACUAUGGCGAUGAUUGA